AUGCUGGACGAGCUCGACAACGUUUUUGACGAUCAUCCGUCUCUGGAUGCCUCGUUGGAGGAUUUUGAGAAUAACAGCAAUGCGCACCGUUCCCCGCUCUUUGGUCUCCCGUCACAGCACUCUGGGUUUCGCUCAGAAGAGUCCGACGGCGAGCUUGAUGAUCCUACGCCCGGUGAAAGAUGGUCACCACCAGGUUUGCACCAGCGCGACUUCAACCAAGGUAGCAGCGGUUGGUACCGCCACCAGCCCUACGCGCCCAAUACACAUCAUCCGACAGGUCGGUUGGAACUCAAGCCCACCGUCGGGGUAAGCCUGUCGCCCUCGUUGUCGCGGGAAGCGAGUCCUCAGUAUGAAGAUGCCCUGGAAGUCAGAUCAAGGCUCAAGUCCCACGACGAUGGCGACGUCGCCCUUGCAGCCAAUGUCCCCUUGCCCAAUAGUGCAGAAACUCCACAGGCCGGACGGUCUCCCAGUCCUAUCCCCGCGCCGGCAUCAGCACCGGGUCCAGGUCGCCCAGAAUGCAUCGGUGCCGAGGAAGACGGAACCAAGCCCGGGACCGGCGCCGGGACUCGGCCUGGAGCAGAGAAUUUGAGUAACUUGCGCGCAGAGGUCCAACAUCGCGAACCUAUUGCCGCCAUCUUUGGCUACUUGCGCGGCAAGUUGGAUAAGAUCACGAGCUCCAAGUCCAAUACUACCCUGUCCAUCAUAAUCCUCUUGUUCUCCGUCGCAUUCAUGCGCGCCUUGUUUCUUCCGGGGUUGCCCCAAGCGAUCCCGGACUUGGUAAAGCUUUCGGGAUUUGCGCGCUCCUUUGAGCCCCUCAUCUAUUACUCCGAGAACGGGGUCCAGCAAAUAGGUACCUUGCAGGAGACCGGGGUGGCCGUGUGGGAUCUGAGCGAAUCUGUGCGAGGCACCAACAUGACCAGCGCGCCCAUCAUCGUCCGGCAGCUGGAUGAACUGUCCGACUCUUUGAAAUCGCUCUCGCUGGAGCUGACGCGCUUCUUUGCUAAUGUGGACUCCGACGUCGAUUCGAUCCUGAUUGUGAUGGAUUGGGCGAAGCGCGAGCUGGAAACCCUGUCGGCGCAACCCCCCAGCUCCCUGCCCACGAUCAUGUUUGACAACUUGCACAACAUGCUGUCCCGUCUGGGUGCUCUUGAACAAGCGAUCGAGAUUUCCGACGGCAGCAGCUCUACAUCUUCGACCAAAACGACUGCUCUGGGUCACGUCGUGAUGGCUCUAUUUGGUCCUACAUCCGCCCAACGCACGCGCGCCACCCUUACUCGCACCUUUACCGAAUUUCUCUCCGUUCUGGAAGAGUCCAUCAACAGUGAACUCACCCAUUCCACGGCACUCUUUGCCCUCUUCGAGUCGAUCGACCGCCAAUUUCUGAACCUGCAGCGCACCGUGGUCCGAGAAUCCGACGCCCAAGAGCGUGCCGAGGGCGAAAUGCUCAGUUCGCUCUGGACUCGCGUGCUGGGUCCCAACGCGGCUGCCGUCCGCAAGUACGACAAGAAUAAGAAACUUCUCGCCAACGUGCGCAGUCGCACCGUCGCCAACAAGCAUCUGCUCGUGGAUCACCGUGGUCGUCUCCUGACGCUCAAGGUCAACCUGGAAACCCUGCGUCGGAAGCUAGUCAGCCCUCUUGUGCGCCGCAACGACUCGGUCAGCUUCUCGGGCAUCGAGGGUGCGUCUGUGUCUGCGACAUCUGCGGCCUCGGGCCGUCUGCUGGGUCCCGUCGAGGCUGUCAUCGACGGCCAGAUCAAGGGGCUUGAGGGCACCUAUGAUUAUCUCCGAUCUGUGCGAGAGCGCCAAAAGGCCAAACUGAUGGAAUUGGUCUACGGCGCUGGUCGGAAACCCUCUUCCCCAUUUCUAGGGGGAGGUGAUACACAGGAGGACGGCACAGAAGGGUGA